AUGACGGUGACUCUGGAUGAUGUGCAUUCCCUGUUUCACCUUCCGAUAGCUGGUACAUUUUUUACACCAGUUCAUAGGGACCAGGCGACGGCGGUGCACAUGGUGAUGGAUGCGUUAGAGGUUGAUGAGCUGGCUGUGCUCAAGGAGUUUGGUGACACUCAGGAUUUUCACCUCAGGAUGUCUUGGUUGAGGAAGGUUUAUCAGCAGCUUGUCGAUGUAGAGAGGUACCAGGAUGCCGCUAGGGCGUACAUGUUACAUCUAGUGGCAUGUACUCUCUUUGCGGACGAGUCUGGAGUUUAUAUAGAUGUCUGUUAUCUUACUCUCUUCAGCGACCUUGAGACCCCGUGUUGGGCUUGGGGAGUGACUGCUUUGACGAUGCUAUACACGGCGCUUGAUGCUGCAUCUCGUCCUGACACCAGACAGCUUGCUGGUUACCUGAGCUUGUUACAGUGUUGGAUCUACGAGCACUUCCCUCAUAUCUGUGAGAGGAAUAUCCAGCGUUGUGCGGCUGCUGACCCUUGUGCGAGGAGGUGGAAGGCCAGACAGACCCUUCUAGGAGACGGACCCUUGAUGGAGUACAGGCGGAGGCUGGAUGCUCUGACACUGGAUGAUGUCAUAUGA